AUGGAAUGUACAACUUCUGAGGAGAUACAGGCAGUCAACAUCCAUCGCACAACAGUAGCAGGUGAAACAAUUGGGUUUGACCGAUUCUCGAAAUGGGAAAGAUUGCGUAGGACUGUAGGGUACGUGCGGCGAUUCCGAGACAUCUGCUUGAGGAAGAAGAACAAGCUGUUACUUCCGAAUCCUGAGAUUCUGAGCAGCGAAGAGCUUCGGGAAGCUGAACAUACGGUGCUGAGAAUGUUUCAACGUGAAGUAUUCGCUGAUGAGUAUGCUUCGUUGGAAUCCAACAAUAAAGUCCCACUAAUCCAACGUAAGGCAGUGGCAAAGAGUAACAGGAUCUACAAGUUGUGUCCAUUCAUCGGAGCUAAUGGCGUAAUUCGAAAGGAUGGGAGGAUCGGUGCUGCUCCCUGGCUGACCAUCGAAGCAAAGUAUCCUGCGAUUUUACCCAAAACCCAUUACGUGACCGCAUUGAUCAUCGACAGCUUUCAUCGAAAAUUCGGGCAUGCAAAUAAAGAGACGAUCGUAAACGAGAUCAGGCAACAGUUCCAUGUGUCCGAGCUCAGAGGUGUGGUAGGAAAGCUGGUAAAGGAGUGUUGCAGGUGCAAAGUGCGCAAGACGAUUCCACAGCCUCCCCGUAUGAGCCAACUUCCGGAAGCGCGUCUAACUCCAUACGUCAGGCCGUUCACCUUUACUGGUUUGGACUAUUUUGGACCAAUUACUGUCAGAUUUGGGCGUUGUACCGUGAAACGCUGGGUGGCAUUAUUCACCUGCCUCACAACGCGGGCAGUUCAUUUGGAGAUUGCGUUCACUUUGUCUACGGAAUCAUGCAAGUUAGCCGUGCGAAGAUUCAUCGCUCGGCGUGGUGCACCUCUGGAGAUCUAUUCGGAUCAGGGAACAAAUUUCCUAGGAGCUCGGAAGGAACUGCAGCAAGAAAUCAAGAAAGUUAAUCAUGAACUGGCCUCAACGUUCACGAAUGCAGCAACGCAGUGGAAGCUGAAUCCUCCGUAUGCUCCGCAUAUGGGCGGCAUCUGGGAAAGAUUGGUGCGUUCGGUGAAGGCUGGUUUGGCUGCCAUGGAGAUGCCAAGGAAUCCGGACGAAGAAACUUUCAUCACGGCGUUGGCGGAAGCAGAGUCGAUGGUGAACACUCGUCCUCUUACCUACCUUCCGCUGGAUUCGAAGGAAAGUGAAGCACUUACCCCGAACCACUUCUUACUUCUAAGCUCCAACGGAUCAUCUCACGACAGUCGAAGUGGAUUCCAGGAAGUGAAACCGAUCCAAGUUGGAGACUUGGUCGUAGUCAUGAACGAGGCAAGGAGGAAUAGCUGGGAGCGAGAAGUCGUUGAGAAGGUGUAUCCGGGGAAGGAUGGACGCAUACGAAGCGCAAAUGUGAGGACUGCGACGGGUGUACUUCAGCGGCCGUUGACCAAGCUGGCGGUACUGGACGUGCUUGAUGGUCAGAGGGAAACCGCCAUUGACGUUUUCCUGGCUAGCUCCUGCAUCAUCUACCGUAUCCUUUGGAACGUUCACGAUGACACCAUGGGUAGUGACCACUACCCAAUCCAGAUCCGUCUGGACUGCAAACUGAUCGACAUCUCCCGCCGACCACGUUGGCUCUUUAAAGAAGCCGUCUGGGUCAGCUACCAAACGACUAUAUCUGAAGCAUCUGAUGAAUCCAAUCCAGCCACCUUCACCGACUUCAUAGCCUGA